UUCUCUCUCUUUCUCUCUCUAUCUAUGUAUAUAUGUGUGUGUAUAUGUAUAUAACACAAGUAAAAAUACUAAAGAAACAUAUCUGAAUUCAGAAUUAAGAGAAGGCAGAUGAGUGGUUUGAUGAAGCUUGUAAUUGUUGUCUCGUGUUGUUUGUUCCUCGUAAGUUUAAUUAAGUUCUUUUAUGAUUACUUAUGGAAACCUCUACGUAUACAGCGUAUGAUGAAAUCACAGGGAAUCAAAGGACCUCCUUACAGAUUCAUCCAUGGCAACAACAAGCAAAUUACCCAGAUGAAGAUGGAAGCUUCAACCAAACCUAUGGGCUUGACUGAUGAUAUAUUUCCCAUGCUGCAGCCACAUCUUUACUCAUGGCUACAGAUGUAUGGGAGGAAUUUUCUUUAUUGGAACGGUGCUGAAGCUGAGCUUGUUAUCUCAGAACCUGAACUGGUCAAAGAGGUGUUGAUAAAUAGUGGGAAAGCGUUUCUGAAAAGGAAGCCUACAGACUUGGGCAACAAGCUACUGGGGACUGGGCUUGUGAUGGUCGAGGGCGAAAAAUGGGUGAAGCAACGGAAGCUGGCGAAUCGCGUUUUUCACGGCGAAAGCUUAAAGGACAUGAAUCAAGCAAUGAUUGCCGGCGUUGAAACAAUGCUAGCAAGGUGGAAAGGGCAGGAAGGUAAAGAGAUGGACGUGUACCAAGAGUUUAGAUUAUUGACAUCAGAAGUGAUAUCAAGAACAGCUUUUGGUAGCAGUUACUUGGAAGGGGAGAAGAUAUUUAACAUGUUGAGCAAGUUGUCGAUAAUUGUGAUCCGAAAUAUUUUCGCCACCAGGAUUCCGUUCAUCAGCAAGUUAUGGAAAUCUACUGAUAUGGUGGAGGCAGAAGAACUUGAAAAAGGAAUACAAGUUCGUGUGAUGGAGAUUGUUAAGAAAAGAGAAGACAAGGUCGUGUCCGGAGAAUCCGACUGCUUCGGGGACGAUUUUCUAGGAUUACUUGUAAAGGCUUAUCAUGAUUCGGACAAGGGAAAAAGACUUCUAUUGCAGGAUUUGGUAGGCGAGUGCAAAACAUUCUACCUUGCUGGACAAGAGACUGUAAAUUCCUUGCUUGGAUGGACUGUCUUGCUUUUAUCAAUCCAUAGAGAUUGGCAAGAGAAAGCAAGAAGAGAGGUUAUUGAAAUAUUUGGUGACCAAAAUCCACAUCUUGAAGGCAUUCCCAAACUCAAAACUAUGAGCAUGAUCAUCAACGAAACUCUAAGAUUGUACGGUCCAUCGAGUGGUCUGCCGAGACAAGUCGGAAAAGAAGUUCAGUUGGGAAACCUAGUCUUACCCCCUAAUAUGAAUGUAUCGGUUCAGAAUAUUGCACUUCACCGUGACCCUCAACUGUGGGGAGCCGAUGUGCAUCUUUUUAAACCGCAGAGAUUUGCGGAUGGAGUCGCCAAAGCGACCAAUUAUAACGCGGCUGCAUAUUUUCCGUUCGGAUUGGGACCUCGAUCGUGUGUCGGAAUGGCCUUUGCAAACACGGAAGCCAAGAUUGCUCUAUCAAUGAUUCUACAACGCUACACCAUCACUCUCUCCCCUGCCUAUGUACACAAACCAGUAAUCCUUAUCGGCCUUCAACCACAACAUGGAAUUCAAGUAAUACUCGAGUCACUGCAUAACUAUGCUUAA